AUGGCACACAGCUUUUUGGAUGAAGAGCCACCUCCAGGAUAUAUUGCCGGUCUUGGAAGAGGUGCAACUGGAUUUGUUACACAGGCGGAUCUUGGAUCAACGGCACAUGUAGCUGUUGCUGAACAGGGGCAAUCGAAUAAUGAUGGUAGAUUUGAUGAUGCCGAUGAGGAAAGCAUAAAAUAUGAAAAGAAAGAGGAAGAAGAUGAUAAGGAGGCAGAUGAAUUUUUCGAGCAGAUAGAGAGUAAAUUACAUAAAAAGCGGACAUCAAGGAAAAAGAAGGUUGCUGAAAGUGGUCAGGCGAAAAGUGGGCGUGUUCAAGUUGAAGUUUUGGAUUCAGCUGAGGCUAUUAAAGCAAUAAGUAAGGACUUCGUUAAUGAAAAGAAAGCAUUAUCCUCCAUAUCCGAGGAUCAGUGGCUCAACUUGCCAGAAUCAGGUGAUUUUACGAGAAAAACGAAAAGAAGACGGAUGGAAUUGCAGGCGCAGCAACGGUUUUAUAGGAAUUCAGAUACUAUAACUGCUGAAUUAAGAGACAGGAGUACUAAUAAUAGGACAAAUGAGCCUGGAGACAUUGACAUAACCCAAAUAUCGUUGGCAAGAGACAAAGUUUUAAAGAGUCAGCUUUCCAAGCUUGCUAACAAGGAUAGACAAGAGAAUCUUGAAGAUCAUAGUUCUGUUGAUAAGGAAGAAUAUAUUCGGCAACUGUUCGGAAAGAAUACCGAUACCAAUUUGAAAGUCAAUGGUACGGAUGUCGGAGGUCAAUUCCAAACUAAUACUGGUGAUUAUGCACGGACAAGGUCUCUAUUUAAGAAAUUACGAAAGUUGGAGCCACACAAGGCUGAAAAUUGGAUAGCCAGCGCAAGAUUGGAAGCUUCAGUUGGUAAGAUGAAGAAAGCAAGAGAGAUUGUGGAGCACGGAUGCGAUAAGUGUCCACAGAACGAGGAAAUAUGGCUUGUGAGUCUUGAAAUACAUUCUAGUAAUAUUCCUUUAUGUCGGGCCUUGGUAGCAGAUGCACUUCAGAACAUUCCAGGCUCUGUUAAGCUUUGGUUAAAGGCUGCUUCGUAUGAAGAAAGUACCCUUUUUCAAAAGCGAGUGCUAAUGCGAGCACUUGAACAAGUUCCACACUCAGAAAAUCUUUGGCUUGAGAUUGUGAGGCUGGAAGCUGAUCCACAUAUGAAGGAGAUGAUCUUAAAAAAGGCUACACAGCUAGUUCCAACCUCGAUACAGCUCUGGAUUUGUUUGAUAAAUGUUGGUUCACCAAAGCAAAUAUCGAGUGUUAUCACAGAGGCUGAGGGAAAGGUGAAUACCGAUGAUAUUUAUAAACUUUGGCUUGCGGCAGCAAAGUUCGAAGAAGAAACUACCGGAAAUGGGGUGAAAGUUGGGCGAGAUGUCGAAAACUGUUUUGGAGGUAAAUACUCUUCAUGUCUCGACAGGGAUCAGUGGAUUGAAAUGGCAUGCAAAGUUGAGAACGAAAAGUAUGGAAUGACUGCACGAGCUAUUAUAUGGAAUUGUAUUGGAAUUGGAACGCAAAAGCUGGGUACAGAGGAAAGUAUUCAGUUAUGGCAGAAUGAUAUAGCAAAGGCACGAACCAUGAAGAAUUUUGAAGUGGUAAGAGCCAUAUACACCUAUAUGACAUCUAAGUUCAAGACAAAUGAAAUCUUGUGGCUGGAAUACGCAAAGUUCGAACUGGAACAGCAUCAUACUGCUGAAUUAUACAUUGUCUACGAGAUGGCGAUUGAAAAUUGUCCUCAAGCAUCGGCCUUGUAUCAGGAGUAUGCUAAAUCCCUUUGGAAGAUUGAUGGAAAUGUUGAUAAAGCUGAGGAUAUACUAUUGAGAGGUAUUAAGAAGAAUGAGCAGUGUGAGGAUUUAUGGCUUUUGUAUGCGAAACUUGAAUGGCUUGAAAAAAGCCCAAGGAAAGCCGGUGAAAUAUACGAGGAAUGUAGGAAAAAACUGAAUAUUCCUUCAGCAAAGUUGUGGUAUAAACAGUCCACUCUUGAAAGAUGCCUUGGCAAUUCAGAUAAAGCAAUAGCUAUCUCUCAAGAUGGACUCAAAAGGUAUCCGAAAGAAGCCAACUUUUAUUUGCAGUUGAGCCAGAUAUAUGAGGACCAAAAUGACGUUAAUAAGGCACGAGAUACUCUUAAUGAAGGUGUGAAGAUGUGUCCAUCCUCAGUAAAAUUGUGGAUACAGUUAGCAGAUAUCUAUGAGCAUAAACUGGGAAGAAAGAUUAAAGCUAGAUCUGCAUUGGAAGAAGGUAUGGCACUUAAUCCAAAGAGUGAUCUAUUGUAUUUUUCAAGAAUGAAACUUGAGGGUCCAGGUUCGAAAACAGCGGAAAUUAUUCUCAGUAAAGGACUUAGAGAAAUUCCAGACUCUGGAUAUUUGUGGUCAGAGAAGAUUCAAACCGCCAAACUUCAACACAGAAAGAAUUUUUACUCCUCGGCGCUUAACAGCACUAAAGAUAACCCGGUGGUAAUCUUAACCAUUGCCCGGGAUCUUUGGAAAAGAGGAAAGCUUUCAAAGGCUAAGCAAUUUUUCGAUGCUUGUAUUGACAAAGAUCCUGAUUAUGGUGAUGGAUAUAUAUAUUAUACGUGCUUUUUGCGAGAUCAUGGUACUGUUGAUGAAGUUUCAAUCUUGGAGAAAAAGCUUGUGGACAAUAAUCCUAGCAGAGGUCUGUUGUGGUGCAAAGUGGUUAAGGAUAUUAAGAAUUGGGAUAAAAAGCCUGUUGAAAUGCUAAGGAAUGUCGCUGAUAAGGUAAGCCGUGAAAAGUAUGUUUUAUAA